UUGUUAUGGACGUGGUGCUCUCUAAGCCUAAGCUCCUCUCUCAAGUCUGGCCUAAUUAGAUCUGCGUUUCGCCUCUUUCGAUCCAAAAUUAUAAGUUAUUGGGGCCUUCUCCGUAUCUCUGAAGCUUUAGGGCGUCGCGGUUCAUUUUAGUGCAAGAAAAUCUCGUAUUCUCGACGAUAGAUGCCAUCAUAGGCGUGGGCUUUAGGCAGACCUGGGUGUUUUUUAGACCCAAUAUCCUGUUAUAUUUAAGAGACCAAGCAUAAAAUCCAUUUCACGACAUGGGACUUAACGUCAAGAUGAGUAGUUCUGAAGAAGUUUCAUGGAUUGCAUGGUUUUGUGGCCUCCGGGGAAAUGAGUUUUUUUGUGAGGUGGAUGAGGAUUACAUCCAAGACAAAUUCAAUUUAACAGGUUUGAAUGAGCAAGUACCUCAUUACAGACAAGCUCUUGACAUGAUACUGGAUUUAGAACCAGAUGAAGAAGAGGAGAUACCUCAUCAGAGUGACCUUAUUGAACAGGCAGCAGAGAUGCUGUAUGGCCUUAUCCAUGCAAGAUAUAUUCUAACCAAUCGUGGCAUUGCGCAGAUGAUAGAAAAAUAUCAGGCUGGAGACUUUGGUCACUGUCCAAGAGUGUAUUGUGAAAAUCAGCCUAUGUUGCCUAUCGGACUUAGUGAUGUCCCUGGAGAAGCAAUGGUGAAGUUAUAUUGUCCUAAGUGUUGUGAUGUCUACACACCAAAAUCUUCUCGCCAUCAUCAUAUUGAUGGUGCCUACUUCGGAACUGGCUUUCCCCACAUGCUUUUCAUGGUGCAUCCUGAAUAUAGACCAAAAAGACCAGCAAAUCAGUUUGUUCCUAGACUUUAUGGCUUUAAAAUUCAUCCUAUGGCUUACCAGAUUCAGCAGCAAGCAGCAGCAAAUUUUAAAGCUCCAAUGAGAGCUAUGAACUAUAAUAAUGGGAAACGUUAAAAUUUAGGAAAUAUUUUAUUAAUGUUAUUGAUGUGAUUAUAAUUUGUAAUACAUAUUAGGAAAAAGCAUUGUAUAUACAGUAUUCAAUGCCACAAAUGUAUUGAUUUUAUUGUUGCUUGGCACUUAUCACCAGACAAAGUGAGAAUGGAUUGUCAAGUAUAUUAGCAGUGUGCCAACAGUGGAAAUAAAGGCAGAGCCAGGGUUAUGUGAUAAAAGGUGUAGCACACAACUUUUGUGUUUGUCAUGCGGAACAUGUAUGGGAUACAUCAAAUUAUCCAUGAAGUGGGAGAUCACAGCAUGGCAAAUUUGACUGCACACAUUCCUGAAGAGUCUGUUACCUCACUGCUUGUUAACCUCUGGAGCCAUGGAGUGAUCUCCCUGUAGUUUUAAUCUUUUGAAUACAAUUUUACAUGUUCAGAAUAUUGAUUAGAGUUUUGUUGUAAUAAGUAUUUGGAAAUAAAGUCUUAUAAUAAAAUGUAAAUACAUG